AUGUUGGCCGCAAGAGCGUCGACAGCGCGCAACGUACAGCGCAUCACGCGCUCAUUCGCCACCGUCGUCGAUACCUCUGGUGUCAAGGUCGCUGCGGUCGACCAUAAUCAGCCCACUGCUUCCGUCACCGUCCUCGUAAAAGCUGGCAGUCGUUUCGAACCCAAGGAGGGUGUCGCCAACGCUCUCAAAAACUUUGCAUUCAAGAGCACCAAGGCACGAUCAGCAAUUGGGACCGUUCGCGAGAGUGAGCUGUAUGGUGGUGUCUUAUACUCGACCCUUGGACGGGAACAUUUGGCGUUGACCGCGGAAUUCUUGAAGGCGGAUGCCCCUUACUUCGUGGACGUUCUCACUUCGUUUGUCACUUCGGCCAAGUUUGCUCGUCAUGAAUUUGAGGAAUAUGUCGCGCCCCUAGUGGCCGCAGAGGCGGAAUCUGCUACCCAUGACCCCGCUACCCGUGCUAUCGAGGCCGCCCACCAACUUGCCUUCCGUUCCGGCCUCGGUUCUUCCCUGUUUGCCCCUGCCCACAAUCACAUCACUGUUGAGGACAUCAAGUCAUAUGCCUCAGCUGCCUUCACUAAGGGCAACAUUGCCGUCAUUGGUACCGGUAUCGACCAGGCAACUCUCUCCAAUCUCGUUGAGAAAUCCCUAGCCAAGGCUGCUGCUGGCACUAGCGCUUCUUCCCCUGCCACAAAAUAUUUCGGCGGUGAGACUCGUUUGGAUGGUCAUGGCGGCCCUCAAACUGUCUUCGUUGGAUUCGGAACGACUGGAGCGCCAUCAGCGGAGCUUGCUACCCUCGCUGCACAUCUCUCGACAACUCCUUCCGUCAAGUGGUCUCAGGGUAUCUCCCCUAUCUCCUCCCUUCCUAAAGGUACAUCAGUACAACCUGUAUACCUUCCUUACUCCGAUGCCUCCUUGUUCGGUCUUCUCGUUCAGGGAACCACUAUCGAAGGUGUUAAGGAGGCCGGAAAGGCUGCUGUCGCUGCUCUGAAGGCUGCCGCCAAAGGUAUCAGCGCCGACGAACUAAAGUCCGCUGUUUCCAAGGCCAAGUUCGCUGCUGCUAGUGCCGUGGACACCCGGGAGGGACUCGUUACAGCUCUCGGAUCCAAGGCUUUCUCUGGUUCAGAAGUUUCCUUGGAAUCCACCUUGUCAUCGCUGGAUAACGUCAACGUUGAUGCUUUCUCCAAGGCCACUGCCUCGCUGCUGUCCGCGAAGCCAACUUUCGUCGCCAUUGGAGACUCGCACGCUCUUCCUUACGCCGACGAGUUGGGUCUCUGA